UAAAUUAUUUGAGCAAGCUAAAGAGACUGUUGAAACUCUGACAGUGUCCUCUAACCAUGAAAUUGCGAAUAAAUUAUUUGAGCAAGCUAAAGAGACUGUUGAAACUCUGACAGUGUCCUCUAACCAUGAAAUUGCGAACACUUUGUUAAGGAGUAAUUUAUCACAUCAAGUACUUGAAAAUGUGAAUGCAAAAAGUAAUAAUUGUAAGUAAUCAUUUAUUUGAUUUUUUUUUUUCUUUCAAUUUUCACACCAUGUUUUCCUAAAUAUAUAUUUAUAUAUAUAUAUAUUAAUAAACCAAAAAAAAUUAUUUUAUUAUUUACUACCAUAUUAUUCUUCCUUAGGACUUUUAUCAAAUUCAUUGUUUCAAUAAGGUCUAUAGUUGCCUCUCCUUAGUGUAUUUAAUAAAAAUAUAUUGUAUAAUCUCAAAUCUUUUAAAGAUUUAAAGUAAUUGUUUUGGGUUUUUAAAUAAUUUCUUCUUUUUGAUUUUGCAAUUAUUCAAUAUAUUUAAUUGUUGAUCUCUUGCAGUUGUACCCAAAGAAAUGUUGAAUUCACAUCCACAACACGACGGAGUAUUCAAUCAAUAUGGAUGUAGCUAUGUGUCUAAAAGGAAAGAGUUGAAAAUGGAAAGGACAGCACCAAAGAAGAGAAAGAAAAUAUAUACUGAAAACAGUGAUCAAAAUGGAAUUAAUUCGUCGACUAACCUGCCAACGAAAACUACAGAAAUUUCUCCGUCAACCAACGUUGCGACAGAAAAUUCAGAAAUUGUUCAAUCUUCUAACCUGGCCACAAAAACUGUUGACGCACAAGCUGCUAAAACAUGCUGUGAUGCCCAGGAGUUUGAUGCUGUGUUUGCACUCCUUAGUCUUGGAAGCGAUGCCUCUCAACCAUCUGAGGAAAUCUGUUCAUCAAAUCAAAAUAAGCUCACCAAAUGUCCUGCCGCAGGGCUUCUGUCUGAGUCCUCUACCAAAGGUCCUACCUCAGUGCUUGUGUCCGAGCCAUCUAACAAAGGUCCUGUUGUCAUUGAGAAACAGGUAAACAUCAAAUCAAAGAGUAUGAACACUAAUAUAGGAGACCAAACUGUGAUUUGUAACACGUUGACCUCAAUUAAUCAGAGUUGCAGCAGGAUGGCUCUAACAAAUUCUUCACCAACUGAUAGCAGCGUUUCCCGAGUUAAAUUCAGUGACAGCAGAGUAUCCCCAAAAAAUGAGAACAGGGUGGCUCUAACAAAUCCUUCUCCACCUGACAGCAGGCUGGCCUUAACAAAUAAUCUACAAAAUAAUACUUAUAAAGCAGAUCUUAAAUCAACUUCGUCCAAAUCACCUGAGCAGCACUGUUCCAAGCCUGCGAAUAGACAAAUGGCCACUGGUCAAGAGAAACAUGGCGAUGGGGAAGACAGUAUGAACAUGGGCAAAGUUUCAAAUAAAAUGAGUUUGCCUUGUGUUGACAAUGCAGUCUUGUCUGAACCCUGUUUACAGUCAGAUAACAAGAUCACAACACCUGCUCAAAUCAUAAGGCUUGAUAGAAACAUUGAACCCUGUGCUGAAGUAACAAGACUUGAUAGAAACAUUAAACCCUGUGCUGAGGUAACAAGAUUUGAUAGUAACAUUGAACCCUGUGCUGAAGUAAUAAGACUUGAUAGAAACAUUGAACCCUGUGCUGAAGUAACAAGACUUGAUAGAAACAUUGAACCCUGUGCUGAAGUAACAAGACUUGAUAGUAACAUUGAACCCUGUGCUGAAGUAACAAGACUUGAUAGAAACAUUGAACCCGGUGCUGAAGUAACAAGAUUUGAUAGUAAUAUUGAACCCCCUGUUCAAAUAACAAGACUUGGUAGUAACAUUGAAGCCUGUUCUGAAGUAACAAGACUUGAUAGAACCAUUGAACCCUGUGCUGAAGUAACAAGACUUGAUAGAACCAUUGAACCCUGUGCUGAAGUAACAAGACUUGAUAGAA